AAUUGUGAAUAAAAAAAAAUGUGGAAAUGCUAUCAGUUUCGGGUACUGGUGCUUUUCAUUCACAUUUCCACGCUUUUCGCCGGAAAAGCACGGCAACUGCCGAUAAUCCACACAUCUGGAUGGAAAGUUGCGAUUCUCUGUGAGAAAAUAUCGCAGUUUGUACCCUCCAACGGUGGGAAUAAGUUGUGCCCCAACGGACGGGAUUUUUUUCUUUGAUAGAAACCGCGCUAUUUUUAGGCCCCCUUUCAUUUUUCGAGAGGUGCCGCGCAUUUUAUAUAAAAAAAUCCCAAUUCGAUUUUUUCUUCAUUUAAGGGGUGGAAAAACAAUAAAAAACGUUCUCCUCCCACUCUGUGAGGAGUUAAAGUGAGGCGGGAAAAUUAUCAGACUCAUAUAUUUUCACCUUCGUGCGAUCCCUUUGAUUAGAGAGAGCUCUAGAGAAUAAUUCAGUGCGCAAGUGCUCCGCCAUCCCACCUUUGGGGCUCCUUCGUAGAAAGCCUCCAUCAGUGACUAUUUAUAAGUUGACCAUAAUGCGUGUCUCCUCUUGGAAAACUUUGAACAAAUAAUAAAAGAAAAAAGUUCAGGGUUGUCUCCUCUUCCUCCUCGUGGAUAUUUUUGAACUUCCUAAAAGGAUCUUCCGAGAAAAUUCAUUUGAAAAAAAUAAAUAAAUAAAUGGGGCUACUGAGGCGCAAUAAAAAGGGGCCACAGGACGCCCAGGGGAGCCAGAAGACUAAAAAGUCACGGCGAAAAUCAUUUUUCUCCCUCAUUUCCCCCAGUGAUGUCACCGAAGGAUCCCUCCAGGUGUGGGCGGGUUUACCGCCAAAAAUUCGUCAGGAUCCCAGCUUGGCGUCCUUCCAGAUGGAGCACAAUCGUCUACAUGGUGAAUCGCACGACGAGAACUCGGAUGAGAUUCACAAUGAGGAGAUCGCGAUGGCGAGCAAUGAGGAUGGUGAUGGAUCUUCCGAUCAUUCGGAAUCCUUUAUCACGAUCAAAGUACCGAGUUCCUCGAACCAGGAGCCCACCACGAAGCCCGAUGAGCAUGAAAUCAGUUCCCACCCAAACCCUCCCCAUCAUACACCUGAAUCCCACCAUUCACCCCACAAUCUCCCACACAAUGCCCACUUCUAUCUUCAUCAUGAUGAUCACACAAACCUCAAGGAGGAUCCCCUGUACAGGAAGUACCUCAAAUCGGGCUUCCUAAUCAUCUGCUGGUUCACCUUUGCCAUCAUCCUGAUGAUGAAGAAGGAGAAAAUUUUGACCACAAAGACCCUCGCAGUGCCUGCAAAUGAUUUCAAGGGCUACGAAUUUCGUCCAAUGCCUGAGAAUCGUGUCCUGGUCACAAUGGAAGGAACAUUCCUUCCCACAGAGUACUCAAAUGAGACCACAGAGUACCUAUCGGUUGCCCUUCAGCUGGUAACCUUUGCAGCUGAUACCAAUGACACCAUAAGCGUGGAUGAGGCACAAUUGUUGGAGAAUAUCGGGGAUGUCUGGAGGGUUCCUCUCGUGAAGCCAGAAGACGUUGACAAAGCUCCAAUGGUGACGAAAAAGCACCACUUCACAGUUGUCUCUGAGCACAUUGCCUACGAUAAUCCAGAUCUGGGAGUAAGGAUCAAGAUGUGGACAACAAACUUCGAUCAGGACUUUGCCGUCAAGGUAACGUACGACGUUGAACCGAUGAAUGUGGAAGUUGGUGUGAUCUAUGCUGCACUGAUCAUGGUUCUGCUCUAUGUUCUGAUCAUCUGGGAGAUCGUGCAUCGCACCUUUGCCACGGUCAUCAUGUCAACCCUUGCUGUUGCGAUCUUAGCCGGUCUUGACGAUCGUCCACAAUUCAGGGAAAUAAUCGAUUGGCUGGACAUUGAGACGAUCAUGCUUCUCUUCUCCAUGAUGAUCUUCGUUGCAGUUUUAACGGAAACAGGAGUUUUUGACUACAUAGCCGUUUAUACGUUUAAAGGAACUGGCGGUAGAAUAUGGCCACUGAUCCAUGGACUUUGUGCCAUAACCGUUAUUGUGUCAUCUUUCCUAGACAACGUGACAACGCUGCUCCUCCUAGCACCGAUCAGUAUAAAACUCUGCGAAGUCGUUGAACUCAAUCCCGUUCCCAUCCUCAUGGCAAUCAUCGUUCAUGCAAAUAUCGGCGGAACUCUUACUCCUAUUGGUGAUCCUCCAAACAUCCUCAUCACCUCCAAUCACUACAUCGCCAAGCACGGGGUAACCUUUCUCACCUUUACCCUCCACAUGGCUGUUGGAGUGAUCAUCGUCGGCAUUCAAACCAUGAUUCAGCUUAGAUUCAAAUACCGCAAUAUCUCGGAUUUGCGCCUGAAGAUCCCAGCCCAGAUUCAAGAUUUGCGUCGUGAGAUUGCCGUGUGGAAACGUGCAGCAGCUUCACUGUCAUCCUACUCCAAGGAUGCCGAUCUCGUGCGUGAGACUCUCAUGAAGAAGGUGAAAAUUCUGCAGCAUCAACUGAAGAAGAAAUCCAUCACAGGAGCUGUGGAGACAGAUCUCUACAAAUCUACACUGGAUGAGCUACAAAAGACCUAUCCCAUCAAGAAUAAGACACUUCUGAUUAAGACAGGGAUUGCUCUCAUCUUCACCAUUGUUCUCUUCUUCGUGCAAUCCAUUCCCAAUUUGCAGCGUCUCACUCUUGCGUGGUCUUCCCUCCUGGGCAUGCUGCUACUCCUCGUCAUAACCUCAAAAGAUCACCCUGAAGCUUUUGAGUCCAUUGUGUCGCGUAUCGACUGGGCUGUGCUACUCUUCUUUGGCGCUAUGUCCUGCAUCAUCGAAGCUGUGUCCAGGUUGGGUUUCAUCCAUUGGAUUGGGAAGCAAACUGAGACGGUUAUCAUGUCCUGUUCGGAGGAGUCUAGACUGGCUGUCGCCAUUAUUAUUAUCCUGUGGGUGUCAGCCAUUACGUCUGCAUUCGUCGAUAGCAUUCCUGUUACAACAAUGAUGAUCCGCGUUGUGGUGUCCUUAGCUGAGAAUCCAGCUCUUGGCCUUCCACUACAGCCAUUAGUCUGGGCUCUGGCUUUUGGACCAUGCCUGGGAGCCAAUGGAACCCUCGUUGGUGCUUCGGGGAAUGUCUGCGCGGCAGGAAUUGCUGAGCAUCAUGGAUACAAAAUUUCCUUCAUUGAGUACUUCAAAUUUGGCUUUCCAUUGAUGUUGGGCAGUGUUAUCGUCACAACUGGCUACUUAAUGGUGUCUCAUGUACUUUUUACCUGGCACUAGGCCACACCUAAGCAGCACCAUAUCUUUUUUGGACAACUUUAUUCCCACCACCCCCUAUUUUUAUGUAUUUUAUGUACACCACUUUCAGACAAGGGAUGGUAAUGUAGGAAAAUAAAGAAAAUCUAUAUUGUAUGUUUAGUAA